AUGUCGGUUGCGACCAUGCUACAGCCUGCCUCAAGAGCCUCUACCUCCUCAUCCUCUUCUUUCCAACCGGUUACGCGUCAGAAUACAAUGUCUUCCCACGAUACUCGGUCGCUUCGUCAAUCGAAGCGGUUAUCCGUUACCGCGUUUUACCUGUCCAUGUCCGCAAAGGACAGAGACCUAGAAAUCUCAGAUGAUCUGGCCAAGGCUCAAAAGUUCCUGCGAGAAUUAAAAGCGAAGAUUUCCUCUCAGUCGAAGAAGAAUUUCGUGCUGGAGAAAGAUGUACGCUAUCUGGACUCACGAAUAGCCUUGCUGAUUCAGAACCGUAUGGCGCUGGAAGAGCAAAAUGAGGUUGCGAAUCGUCUCGAUGACGCUGUCGACCCGCAAGAAGGAUUCUUCCCCAACGAUGAUAAGACCCAAAAAUAUGGCAACCUUCUCUUUUUGUUGCAAUCAGAGCCCCGCCACAUCGCUCAUCUCUGUCGACUGGUUUCUAUGUCUGAAAUCGACUCAUUGCUGCAGACCGUCAUGUUCACCAUUUACGGAAACCAGUACGAGAGCCGCGAGGAACAUCUACUUCUCACCAUGUUUCAAUCCGUUCUUACCUACCAAUUCGACAACACUCCUGAAUACUCUUCCCUCCUACGCCAAAACACUCCUGUUUCACGUAUGAUGACUACCUACACUCGCCGUGGUCCCGGCCAGAGUUACCUGAAACAGGUUUUGGCAGAUCAGAUUAACUCUCUGAUCGAGCUGCGCGACGUCGACUUGGAAAUCAACCCUUUGAAAGUCUACGAAACCAUGGUGACGCAGAUAGAGGAAGAAACCGGCUCGCUGCCAGACUACCUCCCUCGCUCCGUCACUGCGGAAGUAGCCGCGGAAAACGAACAGGUGCAGGCCAUCAUCGCACCGCGCUUAAACACGUUAUCGGAGAUUGCUAAUGGAUUCCUGACGACAAUAAUUAAUUCUGUCAACGAUGCCCCUUACGGUAUCCGAUGGAUCUGCAAGCAGAUCCGAAGCCUGUCGCGUCGUAAAUACCCUGACGCCCACGACCAGACGAUCUGUACUCUCAUCGGAGGGUUCUUCUUCCUGCGCUUCAUUAACCCUGCGAUCGUCACUCCUCGAUCAUAUAUGCUUAUCGAGUCAACGCCAACUGAGAAACCCCGUCGCACCCUGACUCUGGUUGCUAAAAUGCUUCAGAACCUUGCAAACAAGCCUUCCUAUGCAAAGGAACCGUAUAUGGCCAAACUCCAGCCCUUUAUCCAACAAAACAAAGAGCGGGUAAACAAGUUCAUGCUUGAUUUGUGCGAAGUGCAAGACUUCUACGAGAGUUUGGAGAUGGAUAACUACGUGGCCCUCUCCAAGCGAGACUUAGAUCUCCAAAUUACUCUUAAUGAGAUGUACGCCACUCAUGCCUUGCUGGAGAAGCACAAUAUCGUCCUCGCCCAGGAUCAGCACUCCCAUCUCCAGGAAAUUUUGCAGGAGCUCGGCCCCGCCCCUCCCCAGGUUCCACGGAAAGAAAACAGGACCAUUACGGUUCCGUUGUUCAGCAAGUGGGAGGCCGCAUUGGAUGACCUGACUUCGGCCCUAGAUAUCACACAGGAGGAGGUCUUCUUCAUGGAAGCCAAGUCGACCUUUGUUCAGAUUCUUCGGACUCUGCCUCCCAACUCGGUCGUCGCUCGUCGCCCUCUACGCCUUGAUCGUAUCGCUGAAGCCGCAGCCACCCUGAAGAACGAUGGGGUCAUGGUGCGUAAAGGUAUUCGAACGAUGGAGCUUCUCAGCCAAUUACAGGAGAUGGGAGUCAUUGAUCGCUCAGACGAAUUUAGUCUGCUCCGUGAUGAGGUUGAACAAGAGCUGGUACACCUGGGAUCUUUGAAAGAAAAGGUUCUUGAAGAGACUAAGCAGCUGGAAUCCGUUUACGCAACUAUCCGCGACCACAAUGCCUAUCUGGUGGGUCAAUUAGAGACCUACAAAUCUUACCUCCAUAAUGUGCGCAGCCAGGCCGAAGGUAAGCAGAGGAAGCAACAAAAACACCAAGAGCUCGGACCCUACAAGUUCACCCACCAGCAGCUUGAGAAGGAGGGUGUGAUUCGCAAGAGUAAUGUUCCAGAGAAUCGACGAGCAAAUAUUUACUUUAUGUUUAAGAGCCCAUUGCCUGGUACCUUUGUUAUCAGCUUGCAUUACAAAGGUCGAGCUCGAGGCCUUUUGGAGUUGGAUCUCAAGCUGGACGAUUUACUUGAGAUGCAAAAGGACAACCUUGAAGAUCUCGAUCUGGAGUACGUCCAAUUCAACGUGUCCAAGGUUCUGACGCUCUUGAAUAAACGAUUCGCACGAAAGAAGGGAUGGUAA